UAACGUUUAGCUCAAAUGUUUUAGUUGACUUUUUACUAGCGACCAGCAGCAAGUUUGUCUUGAGAUCUGCGGCAAGUUUUAACUCUAUAUACUUGCUCAUACAUAUAAGCAGCCACGAUGAGCGGCACAACGAGCAGAGGCCGCUGGUUCUGGAUGGCCAUGGCUGCCCUUGCCCUGGUGACGAACGCACAGGAUACGGUGUCGCCAAUGUGCCGUGAUGACGAGCUCUGCACCACAGUCGAACACUGUAAGGAGACGGACGACUCUGGCAGAAAGGGAAUCUCACCGCGCAUUGGCCGCUUUUGCGGCACGGGCCAGAUGUGCUGCGAACGCCUUCAGCUGGAGAGCUGGAAUGCCUCGAUGGCCGAGGGGGUGGAGCGACAGCAGAGGACAAACCAAAGGGUGGCCGUGUCUGCGAUAAGGGACACGAAUGGCAAUGUGCUGGAGCCGGAACCGAACGAGAGCUGCGGCAUGAACAUGGAGUGUGUGCCGCGGAAACUGUGCCGCGACAAUAUCAUCAUCGACGACGGACGCAACAUUAUCAAUCCCAGGAUCGGCAUGGGGCAGUGCACUCGGUCCCUGCAUCGCUGCUGUGCGCUGGACCAGAAGGUGGAGGCCAGCCAGAGUCCGUAUGUGGUGAAGCUGAGCGGAUUCAAGUACAAAAGCUGUGGCUGGAGCAACCCGCAGGGCCUCAUACCCGACAAGGACAAGUACAACUACACGGAGGACGUGUCCAUUUUCGGACAGUUCCCCUGGACGGUGGCCAUCUUCACGGGUCGCCAGCAGUUUCUGUGCGGGGGCACGCUCAUCCAUCCCCAGCUGGUCCUCACCAGCUCCCACAACAUCGUGAAUGAGACGGUGGACACUCUGAUGGCCCGGGCGGGCGACUGGGAUCUGAACAGUCUGGACGAACCGUACGAGCAUCAGGGGCGGCGCAUCAAGCAGAUCAUCAUGCAUCCUGAGUUUGAUCCGGAGGCACUGUUCAACGAUAUUGCCCUGCUGGUCCUUGACGAGCCCAUUCAGCUGGCACCCCACAUCCAGCCCCUCUGCCUACCGCCCCCGGAGUCGCCACAGGUUUGGGGCGACCUGUUAUCGGCCACCUGCUAUGCCACCGGCUGGGGAACCAAGGAUCCUAGCAGCGGCAGUCUGGAGCGCGUGCUCAAGCGCAUCCAGCUGCCGCUGGUGGAGCACGACGAGUGCCAGGCUAUGCUGAGGAAUACUCGUCUAGAAAAGCGCUUUCGGCUGCGGCCGAGCUUCCUCUGUGCCGGCGGCGACGAGGGCAAGGACACCUGCAAGGGCGACGGCGGAUCGCCGCUUUUCUGCUCGAUGCCCGGCCAAACGGAUCGCUACCAGAUGGCUGGCAUCGUCUCCUGGGGCAUUGAGUGCGCCGAGGCUGAUAUUCCGUCAGUGUAUGCGAAUGUGCCAUAUCUACGUCCCUGGAUCGAUGAGCAAAUCAAAGCACUCGGCCUACAGUUGAGUGGGCCAUGAGGAGUCCUCUCCUUGCGUUUAAUCUGAGCUUCAAUUAUGUGGAUUCAAAUAAAGAAAUAGAAGG